UUUGCGGUUUCCUCAAACUUCCCAGACUAUUUCGUCCAGACGCCGUGAGCUGCAUUUCACUUUUCAUACAUCUUCAUUCAACAAGGAGAUUUAAACUCAAGACAUGGCUCUACCGGGCAUAAUCAAACAAUAUCCAAAACCAGCCUACACUUGCGGCUUGGGAACUACCACAGCUUUCCUGUCUCUGAGUCAUAAUGGCACAGCACAGCCUCACUUACUUGUGCAUCAUUUUGUGCGCUGCGCAAGUCGCCCCACUGCCUAUUUCUUGCCGGAUACACGGGGGGUUGAUACAAAAUAUCCAAAGCCUUCUGGAGAAAAUGGGAGGUCUAUUCCCAUUGGAGUGCCUUGAUCACAAUGCUCGUUUUACAUUCCCUGUCUCUUCGUUUAAGUCAAACACCACUGCACAGGUGGAUACCGGAGUGGAGAGGGCUGUUUACGCAACGCUCGUGAAUAUCGACGUGCUCUAUGAAAAUGACACCAUGCCAACCAACUGGGACCAAGUCGAACUGGACAUCUUCCGAAACUUGGUUUAUCGAGUGGUCGAGGAGAGCGAGUGUGUCUUAAAGAAGUCGCAGACAGUCCAAGAAGACACCUUUUCCGACAGUGAAGCAGCACUGGAGGAGUAUUUUGGAGAAAUGACAAACUUCCUUGAAGAAAAGGAGUACAGUGUCUGCGCGUGGGAGGUCGUGAGAAAGGAGACACUGCAUGCGCUGAGGUUUAUUCUGCAUGAUGUCUCGGAUCCAUGGGCGUAA